AUGUAUUCGGCUCCCUAUGGUUUCCCAAAUGCUGCCGCAGGCCCCAUCUUCAACGGCGCCCCACCCCAACAAGGCGCUCACCUGCAACCCGGCCCAUCUCCGAAUCAGCCGCAGCAGCAGCAGCAGCAGCAGCAGCCGCUGCCGCCGCAGAUGAUGUAUAACUCACAGCAGUUCCCCAUGCCGGGUCAGCCUGGUGUCUUUCCCGCCGGCGGCCCGAACUCAGCUCUCAUGGGGGGAGGUGGUCCUGCGGGAAUGAUGCACAAUGCCGGCAUGCCGCACAUGGCUGCCAAUGGCCAGAUGUCGUUCCAGGCGCCUUUCACCAGCUCGCCUUAUGCGUCUGGCAUCCCUUCGUCUACGGCUCCCCUGCCGCAGCUGCCGGCCAAUUUCAUGAUGGCCGGCCAGAUGAACCCUUAUCAGAUGAACACGGGCUUGCCGAGCCAGCAACCCAUGAUGCAGCGGAUGCUUCCUGCCCAGCAGAACCCCGCCGGCGCUUCUGUGACGACCCCUCAACGCCAGUUCAACAAUUCUCAAGGCGCCCCAACCAACUCGAUGCCUCCCCAGCAGCAAUCGCAACAUCAGCAGCCACAACCACAUCAACAACAAUCGCAACACCAUCAUCAACAGCAACAGCAGCAGCAGCAGCAGCAGCAGCAGCAGCAGCAGCAACAACAACAACAGCAGCAGCACUUUUCUACGCCCCGGACCCAGGGCACCCCCCAGAGCCAGACGCCCACGAUUGCUCAACAUCCGCCAGCGUCAAUAGCAACGCCGCAGACACCAACCUUCCCUUCAGAACAAGGGGGGCAGCAGCCGCAGGUUAACGGGACUUCUGGCUCCGCCCCACAAAGUCCCGCGACCGAAUCCCGAGACAAGGAGAGGAUGGCCGUGCUGCUCGAGAUCAACCAGGAACUACUGUAUGAAUCAAUACAGCUCGUGAACAGCCGGAAUGAGUUGAAGAAGGAACAAGCGGCCGUCAACUCGGGAAAUGCCAAGAACAGCGACAUAGACUACGCCGAGGAAGAAAAGCUAGCAAACCUGGACUACAACCAAUGCAUGAGAAGGUUACAGGCAAACCUUACAUAUAUGUAUUCGCUUGCCGACCCCAAACCCAAGGCCAAUGUCAUGGCGUCACCCGCCUACCUCACCCCGCCGCCGCUCAACAUGCAGCUCAAACUCAAACUCCCUCCCCCCUCCGCGGACGACCCGGUCGAAAGACCCGCCGACCCGGUCGCUGACCGUAUCGAGCGCGAUACCUUGCUCAAGAACCUCUACAAGAAGCUCCACUUGCUCUACCCGGGCAUCGACCCCCGGAAGGAACCACCAGCCCAGCCCGCCGGUGCGCGCCCGCCUACCAUCAAUACCAACGCUGCUGCCGGUGCCGGUGUCGGCGGUAUGAGACCCGGCCCAUCUUCGGCGGGGCAGAACGGCCAGGUAUCGGCGCCCCUCGCUGCUGCGGGGAUGGGAGGUAUCCAGGGAUCAAACCAGGGGAGCCCGGCCCCGACGCUAUCGAUGGCCGAAACUGUUACGCCUGGGCUGUUGUAG